AUGUUUGUUAGAAAUGUCCCAUCAAAUCAACGCCGAACUUCACGCCCACUGAUCAAAGUUAAUCGAAAGUUACUUGUAGUCAAGAAAGGGAAUCAUAGGAAUUACAUCACAAAAUCGAGCUUACCAAAAAUCGACGAAAAUCAAAGCAGUUUAAACGACAGAACAUGUAUCCAGAAGAAUACAUCAAACCCAAAAACUUUAAAGAAAGUAAAAGUAUGCUUAAUGGUGGGUGGCCAACUAUUUGAAACUUUUGAAAGUACACUCGAGGUGUUUCCAAAUACAUUGUUAGGAAAUAAACAAAAAAGAAAUGAGUAUUUUAAUCAAAACACCAACAUGUUUGUAUUUGAUCGUUGUUCAAUUUGUUUUGAUGCCAUUUUAUUUUACUAUCAGUCGCAAGGUAUUUUAUCUAAACCAGGUUUUGUUGCUCGUGAUACCUUCAUAAACGAAAUGGAAUUUUUUAUGAUUGAUAGACAUUUAGAUGAUUUGCAUAGACACGAAUUUAUAUGCACGAAAGAUAAAACUUUUGAGACUCCUGAAGCAGGACGGAAAUUUAUAGUUUGGUGCAAUAAGAAUGUAUUUUUAAUUACCAUGUUAUAUUAUGUGAAUAUGCUUGUUGUCGUGAGUUCGGUUGCUGCUUAUUGCAUCGAGACUUUGCCAGACAUUCAAAAUAAAAAGAUUUGGUUCAUUUUAGAAGCUAUGUUCAGUUGUUGCUAUGCAUUUGAAUAUAUAUUUCGAGUUUAUGCUGCGUCAGACAGAAAUGGUUACACACGCUCAGUUCUAGGUGCUACAGAUCUUGCCUCAAGCUUACCUUUUUUUAUUCAACUUCUUACUGGGAGAAUCCAAAACAAGCGACUUCAUAACUUCAUUAACUUUACCAGAGUGGUUCGCAUUUUUAAGGUGACAAGAUUUAAUCGAGGCUUCAGUUAUAUGUUAUCAACAUUUAAGGAAUGUAGAACAAACGUUAUGUUGUUGGUCACAUACGUGUUCAUAUGCAGUUUAAUAUUUGCAUCGUUUAUAUACAGCAGUGAAUCUGAAAAUGAUCCCAGUAUAUACACACCAUUUGUCAGCUUACCAGAAUCUCUUUGGUUUGCCGUCAUCACUACAACUGGAGUCGGAUACGGUGAUAUCUAUCCUACCACUUUACUAGGAAAGUUCUGCGGGGGAAUACUCGCUGUUUUAGGGGUGUUGCUGUUCUGUUUGCCGACAACGAUCUUUGUGUUUAAGUUUGUAGAAUGUUAUUACCUGCCAGAGAUUCUGUCACCCAAUUGUAACUCUGAGAGAAAGGCGCUAUUAAUGGAAGUAAGACAAACAUUCUUGGAAGAUUUUGAUGCAAUGAGACGGGAAAGAUACACAUAA